AUGGUGGAGUUCAUGACUGCCCACCCAGAGUUCUUCGGACCAAACGCCCUUCUCUACCCCUCCGCCAUUCUCUUCCCUGCUUUUGCAUUCCCAUCCUGGCUCCUCUGUAUGGCCCCUAUGAUCUGGCAUUUCCGCCAAGCCAACAUAGCGGCUGGCUCCCUCAUCCUUUGGAUCAUCCUUGCCAACUUCUUCAAUUCUAUCAAUGCACUCAUAUGGCCUCGCGACAACGUACAGGAAUGGUGGGACGGUGCCGUCUGGUGCGACAUCCACGUUCGUCUCCAAGUUGGUAGUUAUGUUGGUAUGACAGCUUCGGUGGCUCUGGUCAUACGCAAACUCGCCAUUGUCAUGGAUACGAAUAACAUGACAGUUUCUACAAGCCGGAAGAGCAGGAUGUGGGCUAAGAUCUGGGAGGUCGUGUGGUGUUGGGUUGUGCCAGGCUUCUUCAUCGCCCUUUACUACGUCGUACAACCCGCUCGUUUCUUCAUCUACGGUAUCGUAGGAUGUAUAUCGGCCCAUGACAGCUCGUGGCCUAGCGUCGUCUUGGGCUUCAUGUGGCCAACCAUCGGCAUGUUAUUCGCUUCCUACUGGGCUUCCCUGCUCAUCUACCGUCUCUACCGCUACCGCCGCGAAUUCCACCGUCUAGUCGCUGCCCGCAACACUACCUCAUCACGCUUCGUCCGCCUCUUCAUCCUUAGUCUAGUCGUGGUCCUUGUCUACCUGUCCUACUCCAUUUACCUCCUCGUCGACAUAUCAUCAUGGAUCACAACGCCUUAUUCCUGGUCUUCGGUCCACGAUCCCGAGACUGUCAACAACAUCGUAAAGAUUCCCGUCAUGGGGACUGUUAGCUUCGAGAAGUGGGUCCAGGUUGCGACGGGGUAUAUUACAUUUUGUCUGUUGGGUACGGGGGUUGAUGCGAAUGCGCACUAUAGGCAGGUAUUGGUGAGGAUGGGGGCGGGAAGGAUUUUUCCUAGCCUGUACGCUCAAUCUGGUGACAGGAGGAUGCCGAAGAGGACUUCGGCUGCGAGGGCUUGGACCUCGAAUGUUUCCAGCAAGGCGAAGAGUUUGCUUUGGUCCAGCAGAUCGGGCUCAACACUUACCGGAUCAACCAUCACCGGAUCGACCAUCACAGACUCCACGAAGGACACUUCCGCUGACCUUACAAGCCAUGAAUUCGUAGGCCUGGACUCCAUAUCCCGUUUACACAGCAUCACGACGCAAGACACAUUGCUCUCACAAAAGAACAACGCUUCGACCUCACCCGUCCCAUCCACACCCACACCACCACAACCCUCAUUCUUCCGCCGCUACUUUGCCCGACCUUCUUUCCACGGACCACUGCUACCCCUCUUCUCACAUCCCAGUAUCGCUGAGAUUUCUACUUCGAACCAUACUUGCGCCACCGAUACGAGUGAGUCGAUCUCCUCGUCCACGACUAUCAAGCCGCCUACUGGUGUACAUGCGCGUGCCUGGGCUGAGGAGACUUUGCCCUCUUCCUCCAUUGAGGGUCAUGUAGUCGGUAAUAGCGUACACGUUGUGAGGGAGGUUCAGAUGCGACGGGAUGAGAAGGCUGGGAGUGAGUGUGAGGUAGAGGGUAAGGAGAUGAGGGAUUGGGCUUGA